AUGAUCCCAAAGGACCAUGACUUGGUAGUACUCAAAGACUUCACGCUGAGCUGCCCCAGAGGAAAGGUAAUUGCCAUCUGUGGUCCCUCAGGGGCCGGCAAGUCAACGGUCACGGCGCUGAUGGAGAGGUUUUAUGAUGUCACUGCAGGAAGUAUAAGGAUUGAUGGGAUAGAUGUUCCUGACCUGGAUGCCAGCUGGCUACGAGGAAGAACGAUAGGAUACAUCAACCAGGAGCCAACACUGUUUGCUACGUCAAUCAGAGAAAACAUCAGAUAUGGGGAUCCACAAGCUACAGACACAGAGGUAGAAGAAGCUGCUAAGUUAGCCAAUGCUCAUGAUUUCAUCCAAGACUUUCCAAACGGAUAUGACACAGUCCUCGGAGAGAGAGGAGCUACUAUAUCAGGUGGUCAGAAACAAAGGAUAGCGAUUGCAAGGGCGUUAAUCAAGAGGCCUUCCAUAUUAAUUCUCGAUGAAGCAACAAGUGCACUUGAUGCAGAAGCUGAGAGACUUGUACAGGACACUAUAAAUACAGUAUCUAGAGGUCGCACAGUGCUUAUCAUUGCCCAUAGACUUAGUACAAUACAGAAUGCAGAUGUUAUAGCUGUACUUGCAGAUGGCAAAAUUCAAGAGAUUGGCAGUCAUACUGAAUUAAUGAAGAAGAAAGGAAUGUAUGCAGACCUUGUCCACCGGCAAGCUUCUCAGGACUAUUGAAUUCAUUCAACUCGACCAGCCCAUUGAGGUAGACAGGUUUCAUCAGCUCAAAGUGAGAUUUAGGGACCUUGGAACCCCUAAGAAUUCAAAGCCAUGUCUUUCAUGUCAAGGAAAUAUUGUAGCUUUGUUCAGAGGUCGGUUUCACUGAUGUGACAGGCAAUAUCCUUUUUAUUACAAUUAGGAUGAUUGUUAUUGAUUAUAAAUAAUAAUAAUAGCUGGAUUUAUAAAGCGCUUUUUGCCAGAGGAUACAAAGCGCUGCUAUUA